AUGGCGCCUUCGCUGGAGGAACCGGUCCAGCCGGUCGACGACGCCUUGAAUUCAUGCACGAAGAAAGGCCCGGCAUUAUCAGCACCAGAGCCAGAGAACUGCGUUGGUCCACAAAGUGAACAAGCUGGAAAAGCCGAUGCUUGUCAAGGCUGCCCGAAUCAACAGAUAUGUGCCUCUGCGCCCAAAGGAUCCGAUCCCGACAUUGGAGUCAUCACUCAACGUCUUGCCGGAGUAAAGCAUAAGAUAUUGGUACUCAGUGGCAAGGGUGGCGUUGGUAAAAGCACAUUCGCGACUAUGCUAUCCCAUGCAUUCGCGAGCAACGUCGACAACAUGGUUGGAAUCAUGGACACUGAUAUCUGCGGACCGAGCAUACCCAAGAUGAUGGGUGUUGAGACUGAGACGAUUCACGUUACGAGUACUGGCUGGGAGCCGGUCUGGGUCAGCGACAACCUUGGAGUCAUGAGUGUACAGUUUAUGCUGCCGAAUCGAGACGACGCUGUCAUCUGGCGAGGACCGAAGAAGAACGGACUGAUCAAGCAGUUCUUGAAAGAUGUCGAGUGGGGCGAGAUGGACUAUCUGUUUGUCGAUACGCCGCCUGGAACAUCAGACGAGCACCUCAGCGUCAACAGCUUCCUCAAAGAAGCUGGAAUCGAUGGCGCUGUUCUCGUAACAACCCCCCAGGAAGUCAGCCUGCUCGAUGUCCGAAAAGAGAUUGAUUUCUGUCGAAAGGCUGGUAUUAAGGUACUCGGUCUGGUGGAGAAUAUGAGUGGGUUCGUCUGCCCUAAAUGUACACACCAAUCGGAGAUCUUCAGAGCAACCACUGGAGGCGGCCAAAAGCUCGCCAAGGAGACAGGCGUGCCUUUCCUCGGUGCUGUCCCUCUGGAUCCUCGAAUCGGCAUGGCUUGCGACUAUGGAGAGAGUUUCUUCGACAACUUUGGGGACUCGCCCGCUUGCAAAGCUCUUAAAGAUGUUGUCAGACGCGUUGGCGAGGAGAUAGGUGUUCCUGCAAACGAAGUACUGGGUGAAGACUGA